GAGCGUUCAGUUACAUUCCUCUGGGAAUUUUAUUAGCCAGUUCUCUGGCAGUCAUGGCAACAACCAAUAUUAUUACUGAUAAAUCUGCCCUUGUGGCUUUAAAAAACCACAUAAUUUCUUAUCCUUACUUAAUCUUGGCCAAAAAUUGGUCCAAUUCAUCCUUUUGAAAUUUCUUGUGACUCUAAUCGUCAAAGAGUGGUGGCCUUAAAUAUUUCUAACAUGGGUUUUGAAGGCACAAUUCCUUCACAACUAGGAAACCUCUCAUUUCUUGUUUCUCUCGACAUAAGCAACAAUAGUUUUCAUGGUUAUCUGCCAAAAGGGAUGUCUCACUUGCGUCAACUAAGUUUCAUGGCUUUGAGCAACAAUAAUCUUGCCGGAGAAAUUCCAUCAUGGUUGGGUGCCUUGGAUAGACUUCAAUACCUAUCCUUGAGAAAAAAUUCUUUUCUUGGUGAUCUUCCUGCCAACAUAUGCAACAAUCUUUCAAAUCUAAAAGAGGUUGAUAUGUCUUCCAAUCAGUUAAGCGGUGAAAUACUACUAUCAGAUUUAUCAAAUUGCUCCAGAUUGGAGUCGUUAUCUUUGUCAUACAACCAGUUCAGGGGGUCCAUACCUAAAGAACUUGGGAGGCUAAAAAUGCCUGAGGUGCUACAUCUUGCGGUUAACAUUUUAGAAGGUCUGAUUCCAAACGAGAUUGGCAACUUGUUCAAAUUGGAGAGUCUUGACUUGGGAUACAAUAGGUUAAGUGGUUCAAUCCCAGUUGGGAUCUUCAACAUCUCAACCGAGGGUACUUGACCUUUUUGACAAUAAUUUAUUUGGCGUUCUUCCAUCAAAUGUGCGCCAUGGCCUACACAAAUUGGAAGAUAUUUAUCUUAGAAGGAAUAACUUCAGUGGAACCAUGCUUACCUCUAUUUCAAACGGUUCGAAAUUAACCGAAAUAUAUCUUGGUGUUAACAAAUUCAACGGUCGAAUUCCCAAUUCCAUUGGAAAUUUGAGACACCUCGAAGUUAUAUAUCUAUCUCAUAGUGAUUUGACAAGUGAAUCUUCAUCUUAAAAAAUGAGUCUCUUCACUUCCCUUAUAGGUUGCAUCUCUUUAAGGGAGAUCUGGGUGGCAAACAAUCCAUUAAAUGGGUUCUUUCGAGAUCCAUUGGGAAUCUUUCUAUUUCUGUUGAAACGUUGAAUGCAGGGAGCUGUGGGCUCAAGGGAAACAUUCUAGACAGCAUUGGAAACUAGAGCAAUUUAGCAGAUUUAGAUCUAUGUGACAAUUGCUUGACUGGCUCAAUUCCAAAUACGAUGUGUGGUUUACAGAGUUUGGAGUAUUUAUACCUAAGUCAAAAUCAGAUUAGCGGUUCAAUUCCAGGAUGUUUCAAUAAUCUUAAAGAUCUCUUGGAGGUCAACUUGUCAUUGAAUUUCUUGAGAAGACCUUUGGCUCCAGAGAUGGGAGAAUUAAAGAAUUUGACAAAGUUAGACUUGUCAAACGAUCAAUUUUCACGUAAAUUUGGAGUUUAGAGAGUUUGGA